AUCGUUACUCGCUACCACAAGACCGUACAAACCUACAGCGCCAUGCACCCAGAAAUCACCCUUCAUGGACCACCAGGCGCCGCGAAACUUACUCGCCCAACGCCCUCAAAUCCCAGGCCAAAAGACAAUCCACCGCUGCUAACUGACGCACUUACCGUGCGCAACACAGUCUUUAUCGACGAACAGGGAUGUUCGCCGGAGAGCGAGAUCGAUGAGGACGAUGCGCGGAGUUGGCAUUGGGUUAUGUACUCUUCCUCACGGCCCGGAGGGGAGGAAGAUGGAGGCCAGGGCAGAAAACAGGAUUGUGAGAAGGAGGGGGUUGGAAAAGAUGAGGCAGUCGGUGUGAUUCGUCUAGUCCCCCCUCCUCACGCACCACACGAACAUCAUGAUAUCAGCCCUGCGCACGCGCACACACACACGCACACAGACAAUCUCAAUCCUGUCAACGACCAAGUCAAUGACAAUAUCCACUCCCCUGUCAACCAAUAUGACACCAUCCACGAACCUUAUAUAAAAUUAACUCGCGUGGCGGUUCUUCCGGCGUACCGCGGGCGAAAUCUCGGAAGAAAACUGGUCGAGACGGCCAUUGACUGGGCGCGGAGGAAUCCGGGGGAGAUAGAACAUGCUUAUUCCCGAGUUGUGCGCGGGCCUGAGGGCUUACCCGAUCGGGACGGUGGUAGUGGUGAUGUAAAGUGGAACGGGUUGGUGCUGGUUCAUGCGCAAGUGUCGGUUGAAGGGAUGUAUGCACGGUUGGGGUUUGUUACAGAUGAGGGUAUGGGGAGGUGGCACGAGGAGGGGAUUGAGCAUGUUGGGAUGUGGCGGCGGGUUGAUGUCGUUCAUGAAUCAUGACCUCUACGUUGGAAUAGACUGAUGGUAUGGAAAUAGUGGUUUGGUGGUGCGAAAUUCAUUAUCUCUAUAUGCAUGCGCCAUAACCGUAACCAAUAAAUAAACGAAAGAAAAUUGCCGCUCAAAGCUGACGG